CGACCUCUGAUCUGCGGAAGCUACGCUCCGGAAAGACCAUACCCCAUCUACCUUAGAGGGAUUGUCGAGAAGGGCUUUGGCAGAGGAGGAAAGGAGCUGGGCUGUCCUACCGCAAACCUGCCAUCCAAGGUCGUUGGACCACAGAGCCCCCUGACCCGGACAGGCAUUUACUUUGGGUUUGCAAGAGUUUUACCGCAAGAUCCGGACGACCCGGAUCUGGUCGACGAGGGCGACGCAGAGGCCUCGGCCGAUGGACAAGCUAUCAACUUCACCGAAGAGGAAGACUUCGACAUUGAUGACGAUGGGGACGAAGUCGUCCUGGGUGCCAGCCCCGUAGCCGAUGCUUUUGGAGACCAAAAGGACUGGACAGAAGGUCGGCCUCUGACGAAGCCGCGACAAAUGAGCAAGAGCAGCAUGAAAACGGCGUUGCAGGAGCAGAACAGGGCGGAGCAGCAGCAGCAGCAGCAGCAGUCAAAGGAAGAACGGCGUCCAAGGAAUCAUUCGAGCAACUCGAGCUCCAGCUCGCUUCUACGACGAGGCAAAAAGAAGCCGCGGAUCCCUAUCGCACCCGAAGACACAAGGGUGUUUCCCAUGGUCAUGAGCGUGGGGUGGAACCCGUACUACCAGAACACGUCCAAGACGGCAGAAGUCCACAUCAUGCACCAGUUUCCGAGGGAUUUCUACGGCUUGGAGACCCGAGUCGUCGUCCUAGGUUACAUCAGACCAGAGUACAAUUAUGUCUCUGUCGAGUCGCUCAAGGACGACAUCGAGACGGACAAGAGGGUCGCCAUCAACUCCCUUGCUAGGCCUCACUACCAGGACUACGGCACAGACCCUUUCCUU